GCGAAAGUUCCCAUGAUGAGGGCAUUGCCUCGAAACUAACUUGUCUGUGACUUUCCUAGAUCAUCGCAGUUCCCGUCUUCCUUCGGCCUCCACGCCAUGAAAGGGUUUCGUCCCAGUACCGAAGCGAUCGAUGAGACAAUGUUGAGGAGGUUAAAUAAGAGCGGAGGAUUCAGCAACUCGUUGAAUGACGCGCACAGCUCCCGUCCAAGCCACGCCAGUCUUCCCCAGCUUUCUCUCCCACAUCGAUCAAAGGCAGGCUUCUUCACAUCGGGGUUUGCCUCGUCGCCCACUGCGGCAUCUCCACUUCCCAGCCCGUUCUCUCAAACAAGCCAACCAAGUCCCGCUACUGUCGGGUUUCGUCCCAGUGAUGGGUUUGACAAGAACGGUUUCAAUCGUGCUCAGCCGCCGAGAGCCCGCAGGACGAAGAGCACGUUGAUGAUGGAUGACGGUUUUCUGAAUAAUGAGGACGACGAGGACAAUGACUUUGCAAUGGAGGAGACGACACGCAUGCGGACUCUGAAGAUCGAAGAUCCGUGGAGGGAAAGGCAUAGGGAGAAUGAAAGAGAAACGGAGAGCGGGUCUUGGCAGCGAGGAAACAAGACCGGACCAUCCCACUAUUCGCCAUCGCAGUUGUAUCAUGCGGGGAGGGACGUAGGCGGAGAAAGAAGCUACUAUCAAUCGGGUCAGAAGCGUCCGGCCUCGCCCACGCCCAUCGAUAGAUGUAGUGAUACAUCAGGCUUGAAUAGGGGAUCGCCUACCCCUAGGCUGACUGUCGUUUCACAAGGGUCUGUCUCUAGCUUGUCGGCUGCUAGUCGCAGCGGAAGUUAUAUUGGCAAUCUGACUGCUAGCAGCAUGACAAGUAACAGUUCGCUUGGCCGUCUGUCUCCGAAUGGUGUAUCUCCCGGUGGGGUGUCUCCGACGGACGGGAUGGGUGGUGGGAGCCCGUAUGCCACACCCAUCAGCCUCACCGCUUCACCAAGAUCGUCGAUCAGCCGGGCAGGUGCGGCACAGUCGCCACACCCUAGGAUAUCGGGUGACUAUACGCAAAGAUCGGUUGAGCAGUCCAAUAGGACGCUAGGGAUUCCCAGGAAACUUGCCGAGAUUCCUAAAAAUGCUAGCAAUAUCGUGGCGGCUAAGCUUAAGGGCCCAUACAUGUGCGAAUGCUGCCCGAAAAAGCCCAAGAAGUUCGACACCGAAGAGGACUUGAAGCUACACGAAGCAGAGAAACAGUACGGGUGCUCGUUUUGUGGGAACAGGUUCAAGAACAAGAACGAGGCGGAACGCCAUCAAAACUCGCUGCACGUCCGUCGCCACAGCUGGUCAUGCUCAGCGCUUCAGACUUACGAUCGUGCAUUCCACGAUAGCAGCACGAGGCCGGGCGAGGCCGAUACGUGUGGUUAUUGUGGUGAAGAAUUUGCCCGUACAGGACGCAAUGCCGCCGGCAUCUUUGCUAGCGAGCAAGAUUGGGAGGACCGUAUCCGGCAUUUACAGGACGUGCACAAGUUCCGCGAGUGCAAUGCCAGCAAGAAGUUCUUCCGGGCAGACCACUUCCGGCAACACCUCAAACACAGCCAUGCCGGCACGAGUGGGAAGUGGACCAACAUGCUGGAAAACGCUUGCAUGAUGGACGAAGGACCAGCGGUCCCUCGAUGAAGCGGUCAGGCGGGAAGGCGCAAUGCUUGAUUUUGGAUAUAAGGAAGUGGGUCUUGUUAUGUGGAGGGGUGGUGGUUGUGGUGAUGUGACAUGUUGGUCAGCUCAGAUAUCGACAUCUAGAGCGGUAUCGGUUCAAGAUCAUGCGGCACAAUGGGCCGCGGAAGAAAGGACGUCAUCUAAUUGGAGCAUUUACGAUUUUGAGGAUUUUGUCGGAGUUUGGGUGUGGAGUUUUCAGCUGUAUGGUUGCGGCGUUGCGUGCGGGAACAGCUUUGAAAGCGCGGGCCAAAGUUGACACAUCGUCUUUGGUGUCAUCGUGGUCAGGAGCAGCCAUAGAUGUAUUGGAAUGGAAGAGUUGAAAGCGGCGGCUGAAUAGCAGUCUGAGAGAAUUGUGGUAGCCAAAAAAAGCGAUUAUGUCAAGAAUCAUUCGAGGAACAAUGCACUCGGUCUG